UUGGCUGAAAUCACAUUCAAGACGGAUCUCGAGAAUUGCGAUUACCAGCAGGAACAUGGAGCGACUCGUCUGUUCGAAGCAUUUAAGCUGUAUCAGCAGGAGGAGAAGGCCAAAGAAACGAAAGAGGAGGAGGAGAAAAAGGAUCCAAUGAAAAUGCUUGAAAAACGAACAAAAAUGAGUCGCCUCGAAAUGGAAGCUUUGGGAAAACUUGAGGAGUUGCAGGAAACAAAUCGACGCCAUGAAGCAUUCGGGCCGGAUCAGUAUUUCCAGAGUGAAGCCGAAGCACUAGCAGAAGCUUAUCGACGGCAAGAACAGGAAGACGAGCAAUUUGUCCGGAAAUUAUAUGGUCGCACAGAAGACGGCAAAAUCAUUAAACGAAUAAUUGACGAUGAGGAAGAUGUGAAGCCGGAUUUAGGCAUGCAAGUGAAGCAAGAAUUUGUCGAGGACGAUCAAAAACCGGGAUGCUCAUUUGUGGAUCUCAAAGCAAUAAGCUUAGAUUCGAAGAGCGAUAUCAAAACGAGUUCUGCUGUUACAGCAAACAAACGAAUGACCCAGCGAGAAAUCCUUGCAAAAGCAGUUAUGGUCAAGAAACCAAAAAGCGAACAACUGGUGACCGUGAAAACUGAAACAGUGGAUCCUGACGAUAGCACCCCUGUAAGAUUACCAAACCAAUCUGAUCCAAAGAAGCCUGAUCAGCAGCAGUCAUCAUCUGCAUCAUUAUCAGUAGCAACAAAAUUGCCACCAGUGAUAUCACCACCAGCCGAAGCAGCACCAGCAUCAACCUCCUCUGCUCUACAGGGCUUAGCCGAUUAUGGCAGUGAUUCAAACAGUGACUAG